GAAAACAUGAAAAGACGGUCGUCUUUCGAGCGAUUACGAUCAUACAGUAUAGUGGACUUUUCAAGCAACUGAAGUUGUGGAUAGUUUAUAGUGUCAAAUCCGAAGAGUGAUUCAUAUUUUGCGUUUUACUAACGAAGUGUAGUGAUAUUUCCGGGCAUUUCUAAAGGAAACUAGCGUUUUUUCGUUCAUUUUUGUUAUCGCACAAUGUGAAUUUCACUUUUGCCCAAAUGACAAAGUUACGUAAAAAAGGUGAUUGCCGUGCUGCAAGAAGACUGCUGUACUGCUUUGAUCAUGUAGAGAUUGCUGUUUGAUUUGAAGCGUUAUCAACUAUAGACAAUACAUUAAAUUUAGUAUUCACAACAGGAAAGAAAUGGACAGCUUAUGCCAGAAAGUCCUCCAGAAUGUAGGCAAUUUUAAAUCAUAAUCUAGCAGACAUCAAAAAGCUUCCUACUUCGACCAUCCGACGGCAAGUUCGAUCGAUUUUAUAGCUGUGUUGCAUAUCGAAAAUGGGUGGUUGGCCUACAUGUGUUUGUGCUCAAAUAUCCUUGCGUUAGUUUUUCCAGUGUUUUAUUGUACUGUCAGCGUGUGACAGGACGUUCCAGCAAGAGAACAACCGAGGUUUAUGUAAAAGAGAAUAAAGGUUUGCUGAUGGUAGUCCAUUUUUCUGCAGCUAGAAUGAAUCGCUAAUAAUUGCAUUGAUGCUUCACGGUGCAGUGAAACGUGUAUUUCAACACAAAAUAAGAAGCCGUCUAGCAGUUUUGUGAAGUGAAAAAAGUGUGAUUCUGAAUCUGAUUAUCCUGACAACGAAGAAAAAUGGGCCAAGCAGCGAGCCAGAACGAUGAAGCCGAGCCCGACCAAGAAGACGACGAAAUCAUUCCAAUGCGCGCGGAUCGUUUCCUGACUGAUAGCGAUAUAGCAUGCGAAGAAGCAUCCAGGUUAACGGCUGAUCUGCAGGAUGAAGCCUCACCCGAGGAUGACGAUGGAAUGUGUGAAUAUCAUGAUAUGCCACCUCCGCCGGAUGGCGGAUAUGGUUGGGUGAUUGUGUUUGCGUCGUUUAUGUGUAACAUGAUAGUGGACGGUAUCGCGUAUACCUUCGGUGUGUUUCUAAAUGAUUUCGUCCAGUACUUUGGCGAGGGCAAGGGUACGGUUGCGUGGGUGGGUAGUUUACUUAGUGGGAUGUACUUAAGCGCUGGUCCGGUGGUAUCGGCACUGGCAAACAAAUAUGGCUGCCGAGCAGUCUGUAUAGCUGGUAGUAUAAUCUCCUGCGUGGCAUUUGCUCUGAGUACCUUAAGUACGAAUGUGACCAUGAUGAUGCUGACCUACGGUGUCAUGGGUGGUAUCGGGUUCGGUUUUAUCUAUCUGCCUGCGGUUGUGGCCGUCGGGUACUACUUCGAGACGAAACGUUCUUUGGCGACCGGUAUCGCUGUUUGCGGUUCCGGCUUUGGAACCUUCGCUUUUGCCCCUCUAGCCAAUAUGCUUCUGGAGAACUUUGACUGGAAGAAUUCCACGCUGAUAUUAGCUGGUCUAAUAUUGAAUUGUGCAGUAUUUGGUGCUAUGAUGCGGCCAUUAACGUAUCCAAAGGAAGAUAAGGUAAAACCUUUAAUGCAACGUAUGUACGAAGAGAAACGUAUGCAGAUGGAACGUGGCUCGAUUGGUGGUUCCUAUUUUAUGGUGCAGUUACCUGACGGUACAAUGGAAAAAAGACUGAAGGCUCCUCUGAAUGCCGAUCCGGGUGUACAUUCGAGUCUGGCUCUAGAUCAGCUUGCCGCACAACAAAGUGGGAUGCAUGCUGUUGCUACAUUACCCACCAUCACCGAAUCUAAGGUUCAGGAGCAAAAUGGUUCCAGUAAUUCUUCGUCAGAGUCCAGCCAAAUAGAAAUAAAGAAACCAUUGCAGCGAAAACGCACCGCUAAUUCUGAAUCCGAUGCCAACGAAUACGGAGCUAAUAAUCUGCCUCGUAACGCGUCACAACCUGCAUUCACUAGUCAUCAAUCGGGUAUUCCAAAGAACGGAUCCGUUCCAACGUUCGAUCGCGUUCGUAAACAUUCGACAGGUGAAAGAUUUAAGCCUUCCUUAGCUGCUAUCAAAGCAAGCUCUAGAGGUGAUGUUGGUAGUAAUGGAGAUGACGAAGGAAGCAUGUUCACCUCGAAGGCAUCCUUGAAAGCUGACCGACCGGCCAUGGUCCGUCCCUUAUCGCGUAAGGAUAUUUUUUACUCAGGAUCGGUUACCAAUCUGAAGGAAUUUCAGUCGCAGAAAUCGCUCACUAAUUACCGAAAUUCGGUAAUCUCGCUGACAAAGUUCGAACGUGAGCAUCGAAAUGAUGUGCGAGAGGAUGUAGAGAAAGGAUCAGAACAAUAUGACUUAUGCCCGUGUUUGGUGCUGCCGGAAUCGUUUAAAAAUGCAAUUGGAGCCAUGAUGGAUAUGAGUUUGCUCAAAGACCCCGUAUUUAUGAUGAUUGGCAUUUCGAAUGUCUUCGGUAUGGCUGGGUUAUAUGUGCCAUUUGUUUACUUAGUAGACGCAGCCGUACUAGAUGGAAUUGAACAAAAUUCUGCCUCUUUCCUCAUCUCCAUUAUCGGAAUCACGAAUACCGUUGGUAGGAUAGUGUGCGGAUACGUUGCCGAUUUUCCGAAAGUGGAUGCUCUAUUAAUGAAUAACAUUUGUCUUGUGAUAUCUACGUUUGCGGUUGCGCUAACACCGUUUUGCCAUAGCUAUGCCUCAUAUAUAGCGAUGGCGAUUGCCUUCGGAAUAGCAGUUGCCGGAUACAUCUCGCUGACGUCAAUUAUUCUGGUGGACCUAUUGGGACUGGAUAAGCUCACGAAUGCGUUCGGCUUAUUAAUUCUGUUCAGAGGUGCGGCCACAAUUGUUGGUUCGCCGCUGGCCGGUGCACUGUACGAUGCCACGCAGACUUACUCAAUUCCGUUCUUCGUCGCCGGCGGGUUGUUCGGUCUGUCAGCGAUUUUCAGCUUCGCUGCCCCAGCUAUGAAAAGAUUCCGCAAACAGGACGAAGUUCCCGUGCACGUUGAAGUACUUACGCCGAUCGAUGAGGAACCGUCGGAGGAUCUGGCCGAUGACGAUCAGCCGAUCACGAUGGUACCGAAAAUUGUCCAAACCGCUCCGAGUCCAUCCACGGAACAGCCCGUCAAUAUCACCUCAGCAAUGGCCAACGACGAACGGAAAUCGAAGACAGCUGUGAAUGGGAAUGCCAACGAAAAGGAAAUCAGCCAGAUUGAGUCCGUGCUGUAGUCUCCAUCGAUCGCAAGCGUUCAAUCAUCUCAAGCAAAACUAACUCUACGUAUAAUUGUUUUUGCGCGCUCUUGUGCUUAGAAUUGUAUAUUUAAUAUUUAGGAUGAACGUGUUUUAAUUAUAUUAUUUUUAAUUGAAACCAAAACUGUGUCAUACAAUGGAAAAUGUCUGUGUGUAUAACAACCAGAGUAUAUUAGGAUCUAGCUGUUCGUCAAUGAAAUAAGGAGCGAUGUGUGAUUAUAAUGCGUACGAAAAUUUUAUAUGCGUUAUAUACUUUUAUAUUUUUAAUUUUCCACUAAAUCGGAGAUGAAUUAUUACGGCAAUUCAAUGCAGUUAGCUGGUUACACAUUAAACCAAAUUUAAUCCAAAAAACAUUGGGCAAAUACAUAUUUAACAGUUCAAUGGUCGAUCGAGCUGUGAAGGUGUAACACGAGUAUUAGUUGGUUCUAAGUGUAAAUAGAAAGUGUUAUGGAUAGAAGGAUAAUGAUGAAUGAUUGAUUAGGUUCCGAUCUAGAAUACUGUAACAUGGCUCGAGCGGCACGCUCGUUUUACUUAUUGGGAGAUUUGUACCUCAAAGGUCAAAAGUUACUUUGUAAGUAUUUUAAUGACGCACCAAAAGCCCAAUUGAACGACAUGCUCACUUCAACGCGUUAUUUCAAUACAAAACAAUAAUCCCCAACCGGAUCAGAGCUCUAUAGAGUGAACGAACAUUUCGACGAAGACAGGAUGAGGCAAAGGUUUUAUCUCUGAACGUUGUUAAAAAGCGAGAAGAAAGAAUGUAGACAUGUGGCAUAAUAUCAUUACUAUAUUUCAAUUUGAUCUAUGAGCCAUUCUAAAAUUGUUUUGAUAUUACAAUAGUAAUAACCUAUCGGAAAAACGAAAAUUAGUUUAUCUUAACUUUAAAGUAGAUGCUGCAACAAAUUUAGAAAUAAUAGCUAGUACUGCAAAUAACAUUGUAAUUCGCCAAAAAAUGCUGUAUCCAUUUGCGCUCGUCGUGCACUCCCCAAUAUGAUGCUGUCAGUUUCUUCGCGUAUUUACAAGCUUUCAAACAAUACAAAUGCGAGCACGAAAAUUUAAUGCCAUACUUGCUUGCAGGCCAUUGAUCUCCAAGCGUGUUAGACGAAUUCACCUGUGAUUUAAAACAUCCUGUAAAGUCUUCGCACAAUUUUUAUUUUUAUAACUGUCAAUAUCCCUAAUUCGAAUAUCAAAUUAGCAACCAUUGUACGACGAGCGACGUGACUAUCAGCUGUAGUUAUUAUUCCUUGAGCCAAUGUCGCAAUACCCGGAUGGCAAUUGCUAAAGAAAUACUAUUUGUUGAAAAGGAUAAAAUAUACUA